UAUAUCACACACAUCUCUGGAUUAUUGCAGUUAUUACACCUUCAGUGCUGUCUCAGAGAGCUUUGUAAGCCACAAGGGAACAAUGUCUCUGUAUUUUGGAACAAUUUUCAGGAGAAAAUCUUUUUGGUGCUAUAGGUAUUUAUUUGAACUGAGGGAAGAUAAUGAUGCCUGUAAGAAGGCCCAGCAAACAGGAGCAUUUUACCUCUUUCAUGACCUGGCUCCUUUGCUUCAGGCAUCAGGACGAGGCUAUCUGGUCCCCCGGCUUAGCCUAUCAGAGUUGGAAGGGCUCCUGGGCAAGUUUGGACAGGGCGCACAAAGAAUAGAAGAGUCCGUGCUGAUUGGGUGCUCCGACCAGCAUGAAGCGUGGUUUGCUUUGGAUCUAGGUCUGAAUAGCUCCUCUUCCAAACAUGCCUCCUUACCAAAAUCUGAACUAGAGGCAGAGCUCAAAGCAUCUUUCAUCACAAUGAGGAAGGCUCUUCUUCAGCUGAACUCAAUGGAUUCCUCCUUGCUGUUCACGGCUCAGGCUCUUCUCCGUUGGCAUGAUAGUCAUCAGUUCUGCAGCAAAAGUGGACAACCCACCAUAAAGAACAUGGCUGGCAGCAAGCGUGUGUGUCCCUCUAAUAAGAUCAUCUAUUAUCCACAAAUGGCUCCUGUGGUGAUCACUCUCCUGUCAGAUGGGGCCCGGUGCCUGCUUGCCCGCCAGAGCUCCUUUCCCAAGGGAUUAUAUUCUGCCUUAGCAGGUUUUUGUGAUAUAGGUGAAAAUGUGGAAGAGGCUGUCCGGCGAGAAGUUGCAGAAGAGGUGGGACUGGAUGUGGAAAGACUACAGUACUCUGCCUCCCAGCACUGGCCCUUUCCUAAUAGCUCUCUCAUGAUCGCUUGUCAUGCAACCGUGAAACCAGGGCAGACAGAGAUUCAGGUAAACUUGAGAGAACUGGAGGCAGCUGCCUGGUUCAGUCGUGAUGAGGUGGUCACAGCCCUGAGGAGAACAGGCUCUACUCUUCAGCAACAGAACGAGGCUUUUCCAUUUUUGUUGCCACCCAAGUUAGCCAUUGCCCACCAGCUGAUUAAGGAGUGGGUGGAAAACACCUGUUCUUCCCUGACUGCCUAGCUCAGAACCAGCCAUCUAGAGGCCUUCUGGGUAUUACUAAAGGACAUGGCGGAGAUCCGAUAUAAAGGGGAAGUGACAAAAGGCCUACAGGCCAUCCUCCUAAGGAGGAAAAGAAGGUGAACCUAUGGCAAGAGACCGCUGUUAGCAGCAUUAAUGAAAGAAACUUACUAGCGGACAAACAAAAAUGUCACUCUAAGCGGGUAGAGUGAGUGGCAUGUGGCUGGGGUCCCAGCUACUUUGGAGGGUAAGGUGGAAGAUCGGUUUUGCUCAGGAGUUUGACAGUAAUCUGGGAAACACAGUGAAACCGUUUCUUUAACAAACAACAACAGGGACUGGAGAGAUGGCUCAGAGGUUAAAAGCACUGGCUGCUGUUGCAGAAGAUCUGGGUUCAAUUCCCAGCACCUUAUGGUGGCUAACAACUGACUAUACCUCCAGUUCCAGGGGAUCUA